AUGUCCACUCUGGCAGGCGAAUUUUUGAUCUGCUUGGAAAAUAAUCAGCCGUCUACUCCUCUGUAUGGCUCCAAGUCGGCGUUGCGGGCACAAGCUCAGGUUGACGAAGCUUUCAUCGACGAAUUCUGUUCUACGUAUCGUCUGUUUAUGAUAGGUCCGGAUGAGCUAAACAGCCAACUGUUUGGGCUCAUCUGUCCCUGCCUAGCCGGUAGUCUAAGUGCCCCACGGCCGGUUUUAGGUGCAGCUAGUGGUAAUGAAAAUGGAGACGUAGAUGGUACUCGUUCCUGCGACCAGACCAAUUGGUGCAACUUUCCCUGCUGCUACAGUUGUUGGGGCUGCCAAGAAUUGAGUGACUACCCGUCGUAUCGAAUAUGGUGCCAGAAUCCCUGUUGUUUGGAUCAAAGUGGCCCCAGAGGAUCAGACCUCCAUCUCGGCCCAGACAGAGCUGACGACAUUCACGACGUUUGCGUCUACACUGACUCCGAGCCGCAGAGCUGUGUCCAUCCCUGCGAGAAAUCGAAUGGUACAGAGACCUCGCCUAGGCUUAGCCUCACAGGUCUUGUGGCCUGUCUUGCCCGUUGGGUAGGCCUCGCAUUUGAUGUGGACUUUCACACCUGCCCUCAGAAUUUGGUGAGUCUAGACCGGAUUGUAGAGCUUCUGGUGCGAUUACAAUCAAAAAGCUGGAAAGAAUUGGCCGAAACCACGAAGGUGGAGGGAGAAACAGUUACUGACGAAGCUGAAGUGGAAGUAGGGUGCAUCGCCGGAGGAGGCUGGACCAGAUUAUUACUCUCAGAGAAAGAUGGGCAGGAGCAGGAAUCUCAGACGAGAAACGGCUUCCAUAGUCCCGGCCAACUACUCUGGCUCUUGUUGACAGCCUGCAACUUGGGUGCCAGGAAACGCCAUUUGCCUUCAUGUUCCCGAACGUCAGAGCCAAAGUGUCUUCAUGUAUCUCCCGCUGCAAGUGUCAAUCGUUCUUCCUACGACUCAAUACCGUCAUCCCCAUCAACUGGUCUCUAUCAGUCACCCGACAGCAUCCUUGACUGGUCAGAAGCCUGUCAAGCUCACAGACAUUUGAGUCGAACUUCAAAGGGUUCCGAAUAUUAUCUUGCAACUGCUAUAGAUGACGAUAGCAACUACAUGCGUUCAGCACUUCACAGGGUCAGAAGUCAGACAAGUUGCUAUGCAAGAUCGUGUACCUCAUCAGGAAUCCAAGUGGAUAACUCGGGGAUAUUUACAAGAGGUCAAUUGGGCUUUAAGUAUCAAAGCUCAUUUCAGUCAGAAUAUACAAGUUCGACUCCCUUUACGCGUAAGAAUCGAAUGAGCACUGUAAGUAUGCCAUCAGCCGUGAUCGCCACUCAACAGCCGCCAAAGCGCGUAUCUUCUUCUACACAGCCACAAUCGGCUUCAGGAGUGCCAUGGACUUUGGGACAUUCGUUGGCCACAAGCUCAGAGGCGUCCAAUUGGAGUAUCAAUCUACCCGAUUAUGGAAUGAGAUUGCAAGUGGCCUUUGACAUAGCAGCCGCAGUUAUGCCGGUAGAAUUUUAUCGGAGAGAUAAACAAAAUAGAGUAUCAAACGGAGCCAGGCAGAUGGGGGACUUUGGAUUGCGACAUUCCACGCUCAACAGGGGAGUCUACAUUAUGAAGGUAAGUUGUUAUGAAAUACAGACAGACAUAUGA